GAGCUGGAGAACACAGCCGCUCUUUCACAUGCACUCCUCUGCAUAACCCUGGUGCCUCCCAGCACGAGGCAGUGUCGCCUGAACUCCACACUGGCUGCGCGGAAUGGCUGCUCCUCCCUGGUUAUCAGUACUACGCUGGAUCCUCCUCCUCACCAUUACAGCUCAUGGGUCCUCCGUGUUGGCGUUUCUCGUGACAGAGGGCAGCACAGUGAUUCUGUCGUGUCAUUACUCAGUGAAGCACCAUGGCUUGAGCCACGUCUGCUGGGGACGGGAUUGUGGAACGUUCUGGUGUAACGACAUUAUCGUACAAACAGAUGAGUAUGGCGUCAUCUCCAAAGUCUCCGACAGGUACAAGCUCAUCGGAGACGUCCUGUCAGGACAAAUGGACCUGGGGAUCCAAAAAAUACAGAAGACAGACAGCGGGCCGUACUGCUGUAGAGUGGACAUAGAAGUUUUCAAUGAUAAGAAGGUGUCCUACACAUUGAGGGUCAUGAAAGCUCCAACAACUGUGCCUCCAACAACCACGACCCCGAUUAUUACAGAACCACUGGAGACACAGACAGUGUCUUCACUGUCAGAUCAGUCCAGAGGAGCAGACUCAUCAUUCUCUGACAUUUCCUGGCAGAACGUCACCCAUGUGCAUUCUGGGGCUAUGAUGGAGGAGCCGAUCUCUAGGAUCUCACUACAGAUAAACAUCCCAGUUCUGUCUCUGUCUCUCAGUCUGCUACUGCUACUCUUGGGAGCACUGGCCCUUUUGACCUUCAAGCGUGGCUUUUAUGGGAAGGCCUUUGACAGUGGGUGUUUCUCAAAGGAGCCCCGACACAUUAUUUAUGAAAUACGCACAAGAAGACCAGUGGAGGAGAACAUCUACACCCUGGAAUAGACACAAAAACCACCUGUUUUUUUUCUUAAUACAUACACAGACAUGUACACAUCUUGCAAGUCUUUCAUUUUGCUAAUUUCUGAUUUGAGAAGGGGAUAGUUCACCCAAAAACGGAUGGAACUAGGGCUAACAUAUUCCAAAAAGGUUUAUUUUAUAUGUAGACAAAGACAGACUUUUCAUUUUUGUGUGAAGUAUCCCUUUAAGUGUGAAAACUUCUGUAUAAUUGUAAAUAUAUGUCCUACACAUUUUGUCUUUUUUUUUUUUUUUUUUCUUUCUUCUUUACAUUAAACAUUUUAUUUAAAAAUAAUAAAU